AUGCCUUUUAAAUGCUGCAUGGGAAAUAAUUUACAAGAUAAUUCUAAUGAAGAACACAAAGAUUCUAAUUAUAUUAAAAAAAUUCCAAAGCCUAUUGAUCUGAAUGAAGGUUACAACAGUCAAUUAGAAUUGCUCAUUUUUAAUAAUAGGCAAAAUAACAAUAGAAUUGAUCGAGGAUAUCAUUUUAUAAAUAAAGCUACAAACAAAUCAAAAUACGACUCAGCAAAAUAUUUCAGCAUUAACCCAAUUACAUUUGUUGAGACAAAAGUAUCUAAUGUAGUCAAUACUCCAGGUGGUCCUGCAAUUGCUGAAGCAUCUUCAAACAUCGUUUUUUCGGGUUGUAAUUCACCAAUUAACUUAGUUACAUCAAUAGAAGCCACACCUAAUGCAAAGAAUUCGAGUUAUAUUGAACCAUUUCUUCCAACAACAAAUAAAAUUAAUCAAACUGACUCAAAUUACAGCAUUGCUGAAAAAAAAAAAUUAGAAGAUAAAAAUUUUGUGGAAAAAAGUAGUGAAAUAAACAACUACUCAGAAAUAUGUAAAGCCUCUGAUCAAAAAAAAGGACAUAUUAAUGUUGAAGAGAUCAAAUUUCCUCUUAUUACCAAAAGUGAUCGGGCUCAAAAAGAAUUUGGAUUAGAAAAUACAUAUCCAGAAGAAAUGAAUUAUUCAACAAAAAAUGAAGAUGAAUACGAGUGUGAAAAUGGUCAAAUACAAAAAUGCAUUGUUAAUACUGGUAAUUUAUCUGAUGAAUACAAAUAUGAUAAUGAUACAAUAAAAAAAAAUGAUAAAAAUGAAGAAAUAACAGAUAUUGGCAUCCCUGAUAUAAAAAAUGAUAUCGAUGAGCUAAUUUUGUUAUCAAAUAAGUCGAAAAAUAAAGAUAAUCAUUUAGAAAAAAAGAAAAAAAAAUUUAAAAAAACAAUUCAUAUAGAAAUUUCAUUUUCACCGAAAAAUAAUAUAUUUGUUGAUGCACAGCACAAUCAAAAUAAGAUUAAAACACAAUUAGAACCACAUAAUAAAAUUAAACUGGGAUUAAAUGAUCAUAAUGGACAAGGUCCUACUCAAAGCAAAUUUUUUUUUGGAAGUAAUAAUAAAAAGAGUACGUCUAUUGAUUCAAAUGAUAGUAAUUCAAAUAGAUUUGAUGAAAGUCCUUUUGAAGAUAAUCAAAAGGUGGGAAAUGAUGAGCCAAUUAAUAAAACUAAAUCUUGUGAAACUUAUGAAUCUGAAUUUAAACAAAUGAGUGAAGAGCCUGUACAUAUUAUGAAUAAUAAUUCAACAAAGGAAGAAAUAUCUAAUAUUCGAGAAAAUUGCGUUUCAUCAAAUUUACCUUUGAGCGAUAUAAUUGCUAAUACUCAAAAUCAAGCAGUAAUAGAUUACAAUAGUAGUUUUGAAAAACAUUCAAGUCUUGAUAUCAAAUCGUUCGAAAAAUUAAUUCCUUUUAUUGACGAAUCUGAAACAAAAAUAAAUCAUUUAACCAAUAUUGAGAAAAACGAGAAGUCAAAGUGUUUUGCUAAAGAAAAAUCAUUCGACUCACUUACUGAAAUUAAACAACCAAAAAAUAAAGUGAUUGAAUUCAGUCGAGAAACACUUGAAAAACUGAAUGGGAGCUUGCCAAUUGUGGAGUCAGACCCACAAAUGGCACAGUUGUUUGCUUCCGCUCAAAUACGAAUUGAAGAUAUAAACAACCAAAACAAAUCUUUUGAAGAUAUUAAUUCCCCUGAAGAAUGUGAUCCAAUUGAUUCCAUUGUUAAAUUUUUAGACAAUCCAUCAAAAUACAAAGAUUCAAUUUCCUGGGCAACCAUUAAAGCAAUAAAAGAGGUUUAUGAACCACAAGUUGAAUACGCAAAGAAAGAGCUUGAAAGAUGGAUGAAUAGUGAAAACAAAUCAGAUGAAAGCGAGGAAAAUAUAGAAUAUUACAAUAAUCUAAUAUCUGAAUUGCAAGAGAAAGUAGUAUUGGCAGAAAAGGCAAGAGAGUUACUUUUAACACAAUAUAAAAACGAUGAUAUUCAAUUCAUGAUUCAAAACGAAAAAAUUUCUUUAGAAGAAAUUAAAAAAAAAAUAAGCAAAGAGAGCAAUGAAUUGAAAUUUCUUGAAGAAAGAUACUUAAAUGGAUCUUUGAAUCUUAAAGAAGAGGUUAGGACUAGUAGAAUUAAAAUACAAAAUUUAGAAAAUGAACUGAAAAGUAAAUUGGCAGAGAUUCAUAAAUUGGAUGAGCUGCUAAAGAUUCAUGAAGAUUGCUGA